AUGGGCAAAGGCACGGAUAAGCUCUACAUCACCCACUCCGAGUGGUCGUCCUCGGACGCCUACUCUGCCAGCGUUGGCGCCGGUGCCUCGUCGCGCAAUGGCAAAGAUGGCGUGCCUUUUCGCAAACUGCCCUUCAACUUUUGCGCCGCGAGUCUGCAGCCCUUUAAGAACCCCGUGUGCACGCCCGACGGCACAAUCUUCGACGUCGAGGUGAUAUCCGCGUGGCUCGAGAAGCACCCGAAUCAGAACCCAGUCGAUGGCGCGCCGCUGCAGAAGCGCGACCUCAUCAAGCUCAACUUUGCGCGCAACGCGGAGAGCGAUGCGCGCGGCGCCGGCCUAAGCGACGACAAAGGCGACCUCGUCGACCCCGUCACGUACAAGGUGUUUACCGACAACACGCACAUUGUGGCGCUCCGCCAUGGCACCUACGCAAACGUAUUUGCCUGGGACACGGUCGACCGCAUGAACAUAAAGGCCAAGGUGUGGCAGGACCUCGUCGACGAUGAGCCAUUUACCCGCGCCGACAUCAUCACGCUGCAAGACCCGCAUAAUGCCGCGCGCCGCAACCUCGACCAGUUCAAGUACCUCCAAGACGGCGAGGGCGCGCAGCUGAGCAGGAGCCAGGAGGAGGAGCGCGGCGAGAGCGGCAUCAACGCUCGCGCGCUCGGCAGCAUGGGCGACAAGGUGCUCAAGGCGAAGGCGGCCGUCGAGAAGGCGCGCAAGGCUCGCGAGGCCGGCGGCGACGUCAACCGCAGCGCCGGCGCGCUGGCCAAGACGGGUGCGGGGACGGUGUCGGCGGCGACGCGAGAGAGCAUGAUUAAGGAGAAGAAGCUGGCGGCCAAGGCGGCGGCGUACACGACGGGAAGGGCGGCGGCGAGCUUCACGAGCACUGGCCUGACACCGGAGACGAGCGGCGAGCGCGCUCUACUGACGGACGAGGAGUUUAUGCUCAAACCAAAGCGCGUCAAGAACAAGGGCUACGCGCGGCUGGAGACGAACCUGGGCGACCUGACCUUGGAGCUGCACACGGACACAGCGCCCAAGGCGGUGUGGAACUUUGUCAAGCUUGCGCAAAAGGGUUACUACAGGGACGUGGCAUUUCACAGGAACAUUCCCAAUUUUAUGAUCCAGGGCGGCGAUCCCACGGGGACAGGGCGCGGCGGCGCGAGUAUCUGGGGAAAGUACUUUGACGAUGAGUUUGACGGUCCGCUGACGCACAAUGCCCGCGGCACAGUAUCCAUGGCCAACAAGGGCAAAAAUACGAACUCGAGCCAAUUCUUCAUUGCCUACAAGGCCGUGCCGCACCUCGACCGCAAGCACACCAUCUUUGGCACCGUUGUCUCGGGGCUCGACGUGCUGGCCAAGAUGGAGGACGUACCAACAGACGGCUCCAGCCGACCCCUGCACAAGAUUGUCAUCCGUGACGUCGCCGUCUUUGUCGAUCCGUUUGCCGAGUUCCAGGCGCAGCACCAGCAGCAGGAGCGCGACGAGGCGCGUCGGAAAGAGGUGGAGCGGCAGGGCGGCGAGGACGCAGACAGGACGACGUGGACGGGGAAGCGGAUACGUGCCGAUGGGACGGUUGCGCCGGCAGACAGCAAGGAGACGGUGGGCAAGUACCUCAAGACGACGACGACGAUGCCGGCGGCAGGGGACGAGGCGGAGGUUGGUGAUGAGUGGACAGAGCCGGAGCCGGCGAGGAAGAAGAUGCGUGGGACGGGGGGGUUUGGUAAUUUCGAUGGCUGGUGA